AUGACUAGCAAUCAUUUACCUCAUCAUAAUCUAACUGAUGAGGAUCAACAAGAAUAUAAUAAAAUAUUUAAAGAAUUUAUUUUCAACAUCCCACAUAAUAUGAAUCCAUUUUCUCCACAAUUAGAUGAAAAGAAAAAUUCUCAUAUAGUUGAAUAUCAUUGGAGAUCACCAUCAAAUACAAUACCAUCAACAUGUAAUACAUUAUAUGUAUGUUUUAAUUCACCAAUACCAGUAAAUGUUAUACCAAAUAAUGUUAUUAUAUUAUGUUUUUUAUGUGAAAAUAAAACUGGAUUUACAAAAGGACCAGAUUUUAAUCAUCCAAUUCAUCCAGGUACCAUUCCAAUGUCAGUUAGAUAUAUUUAUUUCAUUAAUGCAACUUAUAAUAAACCAUUGAUAGCACAUGCACUACCACCAUCAGCUGAAUAUCUAUUUCUAUCAGAUUGUUAUAAUCAAGCAUUUCGUGCAGGUGAUCUUCCACCAAAUUUAAAUAUAUUAGAGACUGGUGACGAAUAUAAUCAACCAUUCGAUCCAUUAGUUAUACCAAAAUCAUUAAGAAGUUUAUUUUUGGGUAAAGGAUAUAAUCAACCAUUGGAGUUUGGUGGAUUAACAUCAUUGACUUGUUUAGUUUACGACGAGGGCUCAAUCUCUGAGCUUCCAAUCAUAAGCUUACCACCAAAUUUAGAGUUUUUAUUAUUAUCAGAUGCUUUCAAUCAUCCAAUUGAAGCUGGAAUGUUACCACCAAAAUUGAAAACCCUCACAUUUGGCGACGGUUUUAAUCAGCCCUUGGCCGUUGGCACCCUUCCUCCCUCUUUGGAAAAUAUUAAUUUUGGUAAAGUUUUCGAUCAACCUUUUCUUCCAAAUGUGUUACCUCAUCAUUUGAAAUCGAUUUCUUUCCAUCAAUUCUCUUAUUUUAGUCAAACCUUUGAAAAUAUUCCAUCACAUGUUCAAACCGUAGAAUUUGGCUACACCUAUAAUAAACCAAUCACUUCAUUACCAUCACAUCUUAAAUACAUUAAAUUCUCUGAGAAAUAUAAUCAUCCAAUUGAUGGUGUAUUACCUCAAUCUUUAACUCAUUGUUAUUUGGGUAAAUCUUUUAAAAGACCUUUAGUACCUGGAAUUUUCCCUCCUGGUUUAAAAGUUUUAAUCUUAAAUGGUUAUCCAAAGAAAAUUCCGCCAGGAACUGUUCCAGCAAAUUGUAAUUUUCAAAAAAAUCCAAAACAAGGUGCUUGUUCAGUUAUGUAA